UCUACACAAAAAGCUCCCCAAUCUGUUUUCGGUGCAGGGAGCGAGGCCAAAUGGGGACCGAUACCAAUUGUCCCAAAUACCCGAAGCAGCCAAAGGAGCGUAAACUCCUUCCCAAUAUGCUGGCCGAAGUGGAGGAGGCACCGGGCAUAUGGUUUGUCGCAGAUAGUAAUUACGAUGGUUGGGUCUUUGACGACAACCUGGAGGAACCAGAUUGGGUAUGGCACUACGUGGACAAGGAACCUAUGGUCAAGAAACCGAACAUUUUUCCUCCAACUGACAGCAGAUGGCAGAAGAAAGGAAUGGGGAAGGUGCCACCCAACCCAAUAAAAUUUAAAACUGACCCUCUCAUCGACCCUCAGGUGAUCAGAGAAGAGAAGGAUCGGGAAGACUUGUUGUGGGAUUUGGACGCAGUAAGGGAGCAGGUAAUGCAGGAAUUUGACAAGGAAGCAUCCAGCAUUAGGAGCAGGCUGAAAGGUCUGGAACAGGCAUCUCUUCAGUCAAGGGUUAAGACCCAAGCAGAGAACAAACGAACCCUGAACAAGGAAGAAGGACAGAAAAUCAUGGAGGGGGGUCUUAAGAAGAGAAAAACAAUCAAUGCAGGGGGGAAAGAGGAGAUUGUAACCAAACCUGUUGAGGUUUGGCAAGGAGACACGGCUAACGUGCCAGGGAAGGCUGGGUCGGAAACAAGUGCAGAUGUGAGUGGUGUAGAGGAGGACAGCUCUGCAGGGGAAAGUGAAAAGGAAUCCCAGCGUUCUCUUCAGUGGCUCAAGGAGUAUGUGGAGAAAGUCAAAGGGAAAGGGAGCAUGCUUUUGACAUCCGUGUAGCGUGUCUUAAACAUGCUGAGAACGCCCAGCUAAUUGGCAAGAGGAGCAUGUUUGGAGGAAAUGGGAUUUCAAACAACCAGUUCGAGGCUCUCAAGAAAGUCGGGUCAGAGGAAUUGUCAGAAUAUACGGCCUUCAGGUAUGCAGAAAAGAAGAGGGCAAGAGAACAAGGCGUGAAAGACAAGGACAAAACCAUUCCUGGCGGGAAGUAUGAAUUCCAAAAUCAAAGACCCAAGAAAUG